AUGUUUCUCAUCAGCUGGAAUGUGGCGGGGUGGGGCUCCACAGCUCGUCUGAUACGGAGCGACUUUGGUACCAUCGCGGAAUUUUUGCGCCACACACAAGCUGAUAUUGUAUGUUUACAGGAGGUAAAGGGCUCGUGGCAGAAGCUGAAAGAUGAGCCAUAUGCAAUGGGCGCUGGUGACGGUAGGCCCGUGUCCGUCGAGGGAUGGGAAUCGUUUUGGUCCUUCAGUGGUAGAGGCCAGCGUGGCUUUAAUGGCGUUGCGACAUUUGCUCGCAAGGGGCUUACGUGGUGGUGUGACUCACGACCUUUUAUUGAGGCGGAUGACAAGGAAGGCAACAGUAGCCCCGAUGCAAGCGACAAAAAGACGAGCACUGUGGAGGAACUGCACGAUGAGGGUCGUGUGCUGGUGACGGGCCACAGCGCCUUUGUAUUGGUUAACACCUACGUUGUGAAUGGACGCAACAGUCAGAGAAUGGCAUUCAAAAUGAGGUUCCUUUCAUGCCUAAAGAGCCUUCUUGCACGGUUGAAGAAGGAAAACGGGAAACCUGUUAUCUUGGUUGGAGACCUCAAUAUAACUUUUCGGGCGGAAGAUUCGCACUGGUCCCAACGUCGCCUUGGUUUUCCCUCCUUCAUGCGACUCGUUCAUCUUGCACGAAGCCUCAGCAAUGACGAGUGGAAGCAGAGCUAUCCAUAUAUUGGGCAAGAUACGGUGUGCCACCUAGAGGGAUACAUUGCGGAACAAACAUUGCAAUUUCUUGUUGACGAAAGUGACGAUCCGCACCCAAACGACGGAAGGUGUGCUCGCGUUGAUAAUCUGUUCUCAGGCCUUACAAAGGAAUGCAAGACUACGGUCACCAUUGAUGGUAACCACUUGCUACAAGAACUCGUACAGAAGGGUCGAGAGUUAAAGUAUCAUCAAAACAAGGGUAGUGGGGCGAGGGUAACGCUGUCGGAGUUGUGUGAGGCGGGUGUUACGAGUGUCUUUGCCAGUACACUCCUUCGAAUGCAGCAGACGAACCACAAUCGGGAUAUAUUUGUUUUAGUGCAGUAUUGUGGUUUGCCCUCGCACGAUGAAGCAGGUGUGGAGUUCAUGAAAGAGCUGCUGGUCGAUUUGAACUUGCGUGACACAAUGUUGGUGGGGCUUACUCCUGAGGCACUUAAUGAUGUUUGUCCGUGCCCGUACACGUGCUGGGAUCAAUCGAAAAAUAAACGAGUGGUAAACGAGGGUAAUCGCAUAGACUACAUUUUGAUUGAUGCGUCGCUAGCGCCAAAAUUGGCUCCAUGCCGCGAUACGGAGAAUAACGUUGUCCGCACAUUAUCUGAGGGCAUUGGACACGCGGGUGAAGACAACGGUAAGAAGGUGGUCGUGGACGGUUGUGAGAACACAUCGUCACCCUUUUUCAGUGAGUUUGACGGUGCAUCCCAUUUGCUUGGCGUACAACGUACAGCGGGGCACGGGGCGUACCCCGCAGCAGCUAUGGACGGUACAGGUCUUCCACCCCUAAAGAAGGAGGCGAGGGACCUGCAGUUUCGUGGACUUCCAUCCACCGGCUUAUUUGUAACACCACCUCAAUACAGCGACCAUUGCGGCGUAUGUGCGUACUUUCCGGAUCUGUUGUUGGAACCCAGGCCCGCAAAGGUGAAGGAGAUACACCCUUGUUUGUAUCGACUUCCAGCAUCUUUGGAAUCGUUCUUCCAAAAGCGGCCAAGAAGUGAAUAA